AUGGGAGGAAAAAAGUCAAAACAUCCAGAGCCACUUCCUGACAAACCAUGGAGAGAAAUAAACUGGAAUGACAAACAGAGGGAUCUGCAGUAUGUGAAGAAGUACAAGCCUCACAUUGAAGAUCGGCAGCUCAGGAUUCUUCUUCAUGGACUGAGUGGCGCUGGAAAGUCCAGUUUCAUCAACUCUGUUAAAAGUGUCUUAGAAGGCAGAAUUUGUGCAGUGGCCUUGGUGGAUAAUAACUUUCAGAACUGUUUCACCAAAAAGUACACAACCUACAAGUUCGAAAAGAGAAACCGAAGCACCUGUUACCCUUUUGUCUUCAAUGACAUCAUGGGCCUGUCCAAAGACAAAGGUGUCCUAGUGGACGACAUCAAACUGGCUUUGAUGGGACGUGUGAGGGAUGGUUACAGGUUCAAUCCUGAGCGUAACUUGUCAGAAGGCGACCAAUACUACAACACAGAAGUAAAUCCCAACGAUGAAGUGCAUGUCCUGGUUUGUGUCAUUCCUGCUGACAAAGUAAGUCUAAUAAAUGGAGAAGUUACAAGGAAGAUUUUGGAAAUCAGGAAAGCAGCCACUGAACUGGAUAUUCCUCAAGUCGCCGUUAUCACCAGAAUUGAUCAGGCCUGUCCUGAGAUCAAAGAUGAUUUAAAGAACGUCUACAAGUCUGUCUACCUGAAGGAGAAGUUGGAGCAGUUCAGUGCAGAUGUGGGCAUCCCAAUGAACUGCAUCUUCCCCGUGAAAAACUACUCUAAAGAAAUCAACCUGAAUGAUGACGUUGACUCACUGAUCCUGAACACGCUGAGACACAUCAUCGACUUCGGAGAUGAAUUCUUCAACCACAAAAUGAGUCAGUCUGAAGGUUCAUACAGAUAUGAUUGA